ACGAGAGACGCGUGCAGUUUGCACUGACCGGAGAUUGUAGUAUCGUUGUUACUAUGUUGGCAUGAGGAUCAAGUCUCGUGAGUAGCGGUGGAACCAACGUGCUGAUUAUGCCUAGAUAAACCAACGCAACUCCCUGACACUUUGUGUGAUAAUGGCAUGCGAUGGUUCGAUUGACGAUUUUCCGGACAAAGUGUUGUUGACCGGAUCACCGUCUUCAUGCACGUGCAUCAAUACGUGCAAAACCCACAACAGAAGAAGUAGCAGCGUGAGCAACAUCAGUGUGGUUUUCCUCGGCUUCUUUAUUUUGUCUCUGUCUCUGCACGUUAUCACGCUGCUGUGCUAUCUGGAUCUCCGGUCCGAAGUGAAGCGGGAGAUUUCUCAGCGGAGAGGAGUGGACGAAAAGUUGACCCUCGGUGGAACGGAUGUAACUGACCCGUUGAUCCCCUCCGAUCACCGAGUGAUGGACCCCGGCGCCCCGGCACAGGGUCACGAGGAGAGGUUGCUCCACAGACAGCCGGGUGGCCACCCCACCAGACCCCCCACAGCCCCAGGGGACAGCAGCAGUAUUCACAGACAGCCGGAUGGCCACCCCACCAGACCCCCCACAGCCCCAGGGGACAGCAGCAGUAUUCACAGACAGCCGGAUGGCCACCCCACCAGACCCCCCACAGCCCCAGGGGACAGCAGCAGUAUUCACAGACAGCCGGAUGGCCACCCCACCAGACCCCCCACAGCCCCAGGGGACAGCAGCAGUAUUCACAGACAGCCGGAUGGCCACCCCACCAGACCCCCCACAGCCCCAGGGGACAGCAGCAGUAUUCACAGACAGCCGGAUGGCCACCCCACCAGACCCCCCACAGCCCCAGGGGACAGCAGCAGUAUUCACAGACAGCCGGGUGGCCACCCCACCAGACCCCCCACAGCCCCAGGGGACAGCAGCAGUAUUCACAGACAGCCGGAUGGCCACCCCACCAGACCCCCCACAUCCCCAGGGGACAGCAGCAGUAUUCACAGACAGCCGGGUGGCCACCCCACCAGACCCCCCACAGCCCCAGAGGACAGCAGCAGUAUUCACAGAGCCAAACGGAGCCCAAGGAAACAAUCUGACUCAGAAUCAACUGGGAAACGGAAAGAACCGGAAAGAAGAAAGAAAGGAAGGAAGAGGUCUCCUCCUGGAGCUCAGGGCUCCCCCGGUCCACCUGGUUCCCCAGGCCCCCAGGGGCCUCCAGGUAUUCCUGGUAUCCCUGGUAUUCCUGGUAGCAACGCUGUGGGCCCCGCUGGACCUCCUGGUCGCCCCGGAGCACAGGGGCCCCCCGGGCUGACGGGACCGGCAGGAUUCGUCGAUAAAACCAAAACAAGAGACUUCCAGCCUGCUGUGGUGCAUCUACAAGGACAGGAAACCACCAUUCAGGUUAAGGAAGACCUGUCUGAAGGUGUCUUGAGGAACUGGAAGAUGGUGUCGAUCCACCACCGUGUCUUCAAGAUGCACUCUCGCUCCGGACAACUGGAGGUUCUACUGGACGGCAUCUACUUCAUAUAUAGUCAGGUAGAAGUGUACUAUCUCAACUUCACGGACAUUGCCAGCUACGAGGUGAUGGUAGACUCCACCCCCUUCCUGCGUUGUACCUGCAGCAUGGAGACGGGACAGAGGAAGUUCAACACGUGCUACACGGCGGGGGUCAGCCUGCUGAGGGCGGGACAAAGGAUCUCCAUCAGGAUGGUCUAUGAUGACACGCUGAUCAGCAUGACCAAUCAUACUACGUUCCUGGGGAGCGUCAGGCUGGGGGAUUCCCCCUGACCAUGACCAAUACGGCACAACUUCCUGGGGCUCCCUGACCAAUCACACCUCCUUCCUGGGACUUCCUGACCAAUCAUACUACGUUUCUGGGGAGCGUCAGGCUGGGGGAUUCCCCCUGACCAUGACCAAUACGGCACAACUUCCUGGGGCUCCCUGACCAAUCACACCUCCUUCCUGGGACUUCCUGACCAAUCAUACUACGUUCCUGGGGAGCGUCAGGCUGGGGGAUUCCCCCUGACCAUGACCAAUACGGCACAACUUCCUGGGGCUCCCUGACCAAUCACACCUCCUUCCUGGGACUUCCUGAUCACUACGUUCCUGGGACGUGUCUGUAACGACUGUCUUCGGGUGAAAGAGAGGAGGACCAAGAUGCAGGGUGAUAAUCCAUAUUUAACAGGAUACUUAAACACCGAACAAAACAACAAACCGACAAAAAAAGGAAUGAAGACGACAACAGUCCCGUAACGUGAACACUAAACACUGUACACAGGAACAGGAACCCACAAAAUACCCACAGAAUAUGGCUGCCUAAAUAUGGUUCCCAAUCAGAGACAACGAUAAACAGCUGCCUCUAAUUGAGAAACAAUGUAGGCUACAAUAGACGUACAAAACCACCUAGUUAGGAAAACACCCCCCAUAAACAUACAAAACCCCUAGACAAGACAAAAACACAUACAUCACCCAUGUCACACCCUGACCUAACCAAAAUAACAAAGAAUAUUAAGGUCAGGGUGUGACAGUGUCAGGCUGGGGGAUUUCCCCCUGGCCAAUACGGCACCACUUCCUGGUGCUCCAUGACCAAUCACACUACGUUCCUGGGACUUCCUGACCAAUCACACUACGUUCCUGGGACUUCCUGACCAAUCACACUACGUUCCUGGGACUUCUUGACCAAUCACACUACGUUCCUGGGACUUCCUGACCAAUCACACCUCCUUCCUGGGACUUCCUGACCAAUCACACUACGUUCUUUUUGGAGCGUCCGGCUGGGGGGGAUCAGCACAUCACAUCAGCACAUCACUAAGUAGUACAAUCAAUCAAUUAUGUGAGAUAAUGUGAGACAUUAUCUCACAUUUCUUUAAGACUAAAAUUUAGUUUUCAACAGCGGACAUUUGUAUAAAACUUGUCUCUCUGACAUUUGCAACAUUGUUUCAAUAUUCAAAUUGGAUCUCCAUCUGUCCCCUAGUAAUGAAUGUGUCAGGAGUCGGGAUGAGACAGACAGUCAGGCAGCAUUUCUCAACCAGUGGAAAUCAUGAGUUGGCAUCAUUUUUAUGGAUGUAUAUGAAGAAAUGUCAAUUGAAAAAAAGAUCAAGUGAAAUGAAGUGCAGCUAGUUUUCAGUCUUUCCAGCUUCAGUUUGUAGUGAUUGUGUUGGCUGUGUUGUUGGCUGUGUUGGUGGCUGUGUUGGUGGCUGUGUUGUUGGCUGUGUUGUUGGCUGUGUUGUUGGCUAGCUCCUCUGAACAACAGUGUCCUGACGCCUCACUAUCUCAUUGUUAUGGAUGUAUACAAAUAAAAUGCCACUAGAAAUCA